AUGGCCGACUCUAAACGAUCCGUCGUCGACCGUAAACAACGAAUUCUCUCGCGGCGAGAGAUCGAAGGACUGAUUGCCCAAGGUCGACACAUUGUGAUAUAUGAUGGAAAAGUUUUGAAAACAGAUUCGUGGUUGCAAUACCAUCCUGGUGGGCAGAUCUCAAUCAAGCACAUGGUUGGUCGCGAUGCCACGGACGAAAUCAAUGUUCUACACUCGGUAGAAGCCCGCCAACGCAUGCUCGCAUACCAGAUCGGACGUAUACAAGGACGAUGGACCAAUUUCCUCCCUCCAAUCCAAGGCGGAGAGUUUCGUCUGUACAAUAAGGAUGAAGCGGCUAGGUUAGAUGACUCUAGCGACGCCAGCUCACGCUGUUCUUCCCCCAUCUUUGACGAACCAAUUGAUGAGAAAACCGGCCUGCGGAGGAGAAACUCAGUAUCAAGUGUAGCAUCGUCCGCUUCACCUGUGUCAUCACAUGAUGAAAAGUCAGAAUCACAUUUUUCGUUCCUGGAUGCCCGGACACAGCAAGAAAUUGCCUUGGAUACUGCCAAAUAUCCCGCUGUUGAUGCCGCUUCCCAAGAAUAUAUCGUUCAGAAAUACCGUGAACUGGACCAGAGAAUUGCCGCCCAAGGCCUUUACAACUGCAACUACUGGGGAUAUUUCAGGGAAUGUUGUCGAUAUUUUCUGUUUGCUGCAUUGAGUUAUACCUUCCUGCAAUGGGGCUGGUACAUGCUAUCUGCAGUUUUCCUCGGAUGUUUGUGGCAUCAACUCGUCUUCACAGUGCAUGAUGCCGGUCAUAUGGGCAUUACCCACAAUUUCCAGGUGGACACAACCAUUGGCAUGACCAUUGCUAGCUACAUCGGCGGAUUGAGUUUAUGCUGGUGGAAACACAACCAUAACGUUCAUCAUAUCGUGACCAAUGCCCCCGAGCAUGACCCAGAUAUUCAACAUUUGCCAUUCUUCGCAAUCUCACACCGCUUCCUAACCAAUCUUCGCACCUCAUAUUAUGGAAUAGUCAUGAAAUAUGACUUUGUCGCCAAGAUCUGCUUGCAAGUUCAAAACUAUCUGUACUACCCCAUCAUGCUCUUUGCUCGGUUCAAUCUGUAUGCAUUGAGUUACGUGCAUCUUGUCAUGGGGAGAGGCCCGAGAAAGGGCCCAGCCUGGUGGCAUAGAUUUUAUGAGAUUGUUGGAGUUUGCUUCUUUUGGACCUGGUUUGGAUAUGGAAUUUUGUACUGCACGCUUCCAAAUUGGUCGACUCGAAUUGGCUACCUUCUCAUAUCGCAUAUGGUCACUUCUCCGCUUCAUGUGCAAAUCACACUCUCUCAUUUCGCCAUGUCGACUGCUGAUCUGGGAGUAACCGAGUCUUUCCCUCAGAAAAUGCUCCGCACAACCAUGGACGUUGACUGUCCUACUUGGUUGGACUUUUUCCACGGCGGUCUCCAAUUCCAAGCGAUCCAUCAUUUGUUUCCACGUAUCCCUCGUCACAAUCUUCGAGAAACCCAAAAACUCAUCAAAGAGUUCUGCCGCGAAGUCGAGAUUCCAUAUGCCAUCUUCACGUUUGUGGAUGGUAACAAGGAAGUGAUUUCGCGUCUGGCCGAUGUUGCGAAGCAAGCGAAGAUAAUGGAGGAGUGUAGGAAGUCGAUUGCUCGGGAAGGUGUCUUUGCUACUCAUCACUAA